CGAAACGUUAUGAAUAAAUAAUAAUAAAUAAUAAAUAAUUAUUGUAUUAAAUUUUUCUUUGAAUUGCUAUUAGUUUCAAUAUAAAUACUAAUAGAAAUAUAAAUGAUAACUGCAAAACUAAUCAGAUAUAGGUAAUUCAUUAUAUUUUAAAACAAUAUGAAUAUAAUAUUCUCGUUUGCUGUGAUAGCAUAUACCUACGCCACCGUGUACGGUAAUGUAUAUUUCCAUGCCAAGAAUCCAAUUAAUGAGUGGUGGUCGAACACAAUAAUAUAUCAAGUGUACCCAAGAUCGUUUAAAGACAGUAACAAUGAUGGUAUUGGUGAUUUAAAAGGUAUUAUCCAGAAACUAGAUCAUUUCACUGAUCUUGGUAUUGAGACAUUAUGGGUUGGUCCACUUUUCAAAUCACCUAUGGAUGAUAUGGGAUAUGAUGUUGAGGACUUUUAUAUGAUAGAUCCUGUCUUUGGAACAAUGGAUGAUUUUGAAGAAUUAGUUUUUGAAAUGAACAAGCGAAAUCUAAAGCUGAUAAUUGACUUCAUACCAAACCAUUCAAGUUACAAGUGCAAGUGGUUUGACAAAUCAAUUAAACAAGAAGGAAAAUAUUCUGAUUAUUACAUUUGGCGUGACGCUUCAAAUCAAGAUGAACUCAGUAACUCGUCAAUCACGCCGAAACCACCAAAUAAUUGGUUGAGUGAUUUAGGAGGUCCUGCCUGGACAUGGAAUCAACAACGAAAUCAAUUUUAUUUCCAUCAAUUUGGUAAGGAACAACCAGACUUCGAUUUGAGAAAUCCUGAUGUUAAGCUACAACUUUUAGACGUAAUGGAAUUUUGGAUGUACAAAGGAAUUUCUGGAUUCCGAUUUGAUGCUGUCGAUUAUUUAUAUGAAAAAGUUUCACUACUCGAUGAACCGUUUUUGCCAGAAAAGAGCAAUUCCACUGAGUACAAAGAUUUAGAUCAUAUAUACACUAGAAAUCAACCAGAAAAUAUUAUUAUUAUAUUAGAAUGGAGAGCGUUUAUGGAUAAUUAUACAAAAAGCAAGAAUAAAUCAGUUUCAAGUUUAAUGGCAACAGAAGCGUAUUCCAACUUCAAUAUAUUAAUGCAAUAUUAUGGUAACUCAACGAUCCCUGGAUCUCAAAUACCAUUUAACUUAGCAUUGGUAAAGAGUCAAAAAGAUGAGAAUGUAGUUGAAUCUAUUGAUACCAUUAUCAAAUAUUGGUUGGCUGAUUUACCAGAAAACGCAGUGGCCAACUGGGUGAUGGAAAAUCACGACAAUUUAAGAAUAUCGUCGAAAUUUGGCGCUUUAACGGUACCGAUGUUUACUGCGUUGAAAUUAGCUCUUCCCGGUAUUGAAGUAACAUAUUAUGGUUUUGAAAUCGGUAUGGAGGACAACAUGUAUUUGAGGGCUGAACAAGUAACAGAUACCAUUUUUGUGGCUACUUCGAAAUUAUCGAGAACUAGAGAUUACGAAAGGUGUCCAAUGCAAUGGGAUAAUUCGAUUAACGGAGGUUUCACUAAAGAGAAAAAGCCAUGGUUACCAGUAAAUCCAAAUUAUUAUAAACUAAACGUCGAAUCACAGAAAAAAAUUCCAACCAGUAACUAUAAUUUUUACAAAAAAAUGUCUCAACUUCGAAAAACCAAAACGUUAAAAAAUGGCGAUCUUCAGACUUAUAACAUUACUAAAUCGAUUUACAUUUUAAAGAGGUCACUAUUAGAACACGAAUCAUACAUAGUCGUAACGAACUUUGGCAGUGAAACCGAAACGGUCAUCUUGUCCAAUGUCAUUUAUGAUGUCAAAGAUGAAUUAUUCGUUUAUUUAGGAAGUGAAAAUUCUGAAUACAGUACCGGAAGUAAAGUAUCUACCGUUUCAACUGAGUAUCCAUUACAACUGCGACCACAGUCAGUAGUCGUAUUAACAGAUAAAUAUAUUGAACCUGAAUCGCCAAGUAAUAACGCUAGUAGUUGUACAGAAUCAAGUUUGAAAUGUAUUAGUUUCAUCUGUGUUUUUGUACUUUCAAUAUGGUUUUUAUAAGUUUGUCUUACAUGUAUAGUUGUUAAUAGUAAUAUAAGUGAAUUGUAAUAUAUAUUUUUUAAAGAAA